AGAAGUGAACGCAAGUUGCUCGCGCGUGCCUCGCUGGCUGGGCCGGUGGACGGAACACUGCGCGCCGUUUUACCAGACCAAUAACACGAAAAGCGCUGCGCUGGUCCGUUUCCUACCGCGAUAUGAACACGGACGACGACCGUCAGCGGUGCGCGCCGCCCUCCUAGUGGACGACAGGACCUCCGCGGUGCCACAGGCCCGUCACGGCUCGCCAGGCCCCGAGAGCCAGGUAUAGCGAGGAUGGGCGCGACGUCAGCGGCGGCUGUCCUGGGAGUGACCGUGCUGCUUUCCUUCGUGGUUUGCGGCCGGGCCAACGUGGACGUCGACGAGCACGACUUAAACGACAAGUUCCUCGACACCCUGAUCAAGACCAAGGACAGCCGGUCCUUCCUGAACGACCUCAUCUACAAGAUACAGCUGCUGCUAAACGACACGGACGAUCCGCAGCAGCACACCACUCUUGCCUCGCCCAAGAGUCACGUAGUACACUGGGCCGCCGAAGGUAUGGGGCCGAGCGCAGGAGGGGACACCGUGGAUCUCUCGGCAGCGGUGAGUGGUAGCCCCAGUAGCAGUGCCAAUAGCAGCAGCAGCAAUAGCAGCAAGAGCGGCAGUAGCAACAGCAGUGUGCCGAGUUUCGUGCGUCAGCAGCCGCCUCAGAAGCAGUCUAAGAAGCAGCCUCAGAAGCAGUACCAGAAACAGUCUCAGAAGCAGUCUCAGCCGCUGGUUUCGCCUCAGCAACAGGCGUCGCUUCUGGUCAACGUCUCCCUGGAGUCGCUGCUGGCGUUGCCGGCCAACAUGACGAUGGACUCGAUGCAGAUCUUCAACCAGACGGGCUUCAUGAGCAACGAGACGGUGGUGGACGUGGCAGCAGAGAGAGAGGCCAAGAGGAACAACGCCAUGGGGCCGGACGCCAGCCAGCGAGUGGCGACGCUGGGCGUAAUCAUUUGCCUGACGUUCGUGGGCACGGCCACCUGCAUCGUGGUCAUGGCGCUGUACUCGUCCAAGUUCAGCGGCAUCAUUCUGCUCAGCAACGGCCGCUGGUGGUGUCCCAUGGUGACCCGCGGCAAUGGCGUCGAACGCCAACUGCUUGUGUAGUCGUGCCUUCUCUCUCAUUCUUGACUGUGACUUGUUUUUAAAGUGUCUUGACAGCUUC